UUCCCUCCUCUCCUGUGAGAAUAGGCAGCCGCUGUCACGGAGCAGCCGGGGGAGUUCAGGAGAUCAGAGGCAGAGCACCAGUUCCCCCUCCACUGAGAGACCAGAUGACCCUCUUCAAAGUGAUAAUGUAAACAGCUCUGUAGCAGCGACAGGAACUGUGGGAGUCUGAAAUAAAACGUGAAGAAAUCUGCAGCACGAAAAGUGUAAAAACCAGCCUCCUCUAGGACGAGUGGGAGGCCUGGCGGCGAGGACAUGAGUUUGGUGGACGUGAGGCAGACGGCGGGGUCCCUGACCCUGCCCCUGUCCGGCAACGACCCCAAAGAGCGCUACUUUGACCGCGUGGACGAGAGCGACCCCGAGUACCUCCGCAGCAGGAACAUGUCGCCCGACCUGAGGCAGGACUUCAACAUGAUGGAGCAGAAGAAGAGGGUCACCCAGAUCCUGCAGAGUCCAGUGUUUAAAGAUGAGUUGGAGGGACUGAUUCAGGACCAGAUGACUAAGGGCAACACUCCCACAGGCCUCCUGGCGCUGAGGCAGAUUGCUGACCUGGUCAUGGCCAGCACCUUGGGAGGCGCCGGCCCCCUGACUUCGCCUAUCAGCUUCGGGAUGGUGUCUCCAGUCAACGACUUGUUCGGCAUCGAGUCUCCCUCUUUUGCCAAAGGGGAGAAGCAGAGUCGCUGCAGGCUGGCCAGCCUCUACAGGCUGGUCGACCUCUUCAGCUGGGCUCGCUUUACAAGCUCCUACAUUACUGUGCGAGUCAGUAAAGAGCAGGACCACGUCCUCAUCUGUCCACGGGGUCUCUCGUUUGCUGAGGUGACGGCAGGAAACCUGGUAAAAGUGAACAUCAUCGGGGAAGUGGUGGACCCCGGCUCCACUGAUCUCGGCAUCGACCAUUUCGGAUUCGCGGCUCAUUCGGCCAUCUACUCGAUGCGCCCUGACGUGAGAUGCAUCGUCCACAUACACACCCCGGCUACAGCGUCGGUGUCCUCCAUGAAGUGUGGAGUCCUGCCCAUUUCCCAGGAGGCUUUGCUUCUCGGAGAUGUGAGCUGCUUCGGUUACCAUGGCAGCCUGGAUAAUAAAGAGGAGAAGGUGGAGUUUCAGAAGGCUCUGGGCCCGACUGCCAAGGUGAUGAUCCUGAGAAAUCACGGGCUGCUGGCUUUGGGGGAAACGGUAGAAGAAGCAUUUCACUAUGUCUACCAUGCGCAGCAAGCAUGUGAAAUCCAGGUGAACGCCAUGAGGUGUUCAGGCGGCACGGACAGCCUGGUGCUGCUGGACCGGGAGAAGCUGAAGCCCCUGACCCAGGGAGUGGCCUCUGCCGGGGUGGUGAUUGACAGCGAGGUCAAGUGGAAAGUGGGCGAAGCCGAGUUCGAGUCCCUGAUGAGGAUGCUGGACAACCUGGGAUACAGGACAGGUUACUCCUACCGGUACCCCAUCGUCCGCGAGAAACCCCGCUCCAAGAACGACGUGGAGAUCCCGGCCACGGUGUCGGCGGUGCCGCUGGACGAGAGCGAGCUGGGUCUGCGCAGCCCUCUGAAGUUCAUGGCGCAGAAGCAGCAGAGGGAACGGACCCGGUGGCUCAACUCGCCCAACAGCUACUUGAGGGUCAACGUUCCCGAGCAGUCGCCCAGCGGGGACGUCAGCCCCCGGACCAAAACCAUGUGGAUGAAGUCUUCAGAGCCGGGAAACAGCGUUGGCACCCCCAUAAAGAUUGAGGAUCCGAACCAGUUUGUACCACUGAACACGAAUCCCACUGAGGUGCUGGACAAGAGGAACCGGAUAAAAGAGCAGCACAGAGGAGACCAGAUGACUGCAGGACCAAAGUCUCAGCUGCUUGCAGGCAUUGUUGUGGACACCAAACCGGGACCUGCUUUCAUCAUUGAGGAUGAGGAGCAGACCCGCUCUCUUCCUCCCAACCCUUUUAAUGAACUCUCGGAGAAGGAUCUGGAGGAAUACAAGAACAUGGUGGAAAAGAAGCAGCAAGGUCAAGAAGACGAAGAAGAUGCCACCGAUGCAGACGAGAUGACGACGUUUGACGGCUCCACUAUCUCCCUCUCCCUCUCUCCCAUGAUGACGCCAGAUAAGCAAGACUCGAUACCCAACGGGAAGGACCACUCGGCAGAGACGGAGGAGGAGGAUCUCAGCGUCGAGGUGUCGAAGCUGAGCCUGAGCACUUCGGAAACGGUGGAAAUCUCCAUAACGACAAAGGAGAAGAAGCCGGGGGAGGAGGCUCAGACCCCAGAGAGCCAAAGCAAGUCCCCCAAGAAAAAGAAGAAGAAGUUCCGCACACCUUCGUUCUUGAAAAAGAGCAAGAAGAAGAAGGAGGACAAAGAGAAGAGCGAAGCCUGAGCGCCGCUUCUCCGAAUGCAAAGAGCAUUUCUGCGAGGAAAAUAUGUGAAACGCCUUCUUAAUUUCUAGUUUGUUGAAUUGAAGUGAAAUGACUGAAUCUUAGAAGGCCUCGCAGAGCAGAGCUGUUUUCCCUCAUCCACAGUGACGACUCAAUGUGAAAGUGUUCCUGAGACGUGCCAGCAGACCGGUCUUCUGUUCAGUAAGAUGAAAUCAGUUGAAGAGUGAAUGCACAGCUGCAUUUCAAGGCUAUUUACCCAUAUUUUUAAUGGGGUUUUACCGCGGGGCUUCACGGGACACUACUUCUCCGAGUCCGGACCUGUUACAUAACGCUGGUUUCUCGUCUCCUUUUUUUUUUUUUUUUUUUUUUUUUUUGCACAAGUUCAUGGUUGAAUGUACACUGACAGCAACACAAACUGUUUAUAGACAUAUUAACAGACAUACCAGUGGUGUUAUAGUGGAUGAAGAAUGUCAAGAGUAUACAAUAUUUAUCCUUAUAAGAAGUACGACUUGUAUGUAUUCAUAAGUAUAGUUAUACAACUUGUAAUAACACGUUACUUUAUAUUACAAGUAUUUUACUGUAGUGUUCGACAGUUACUUAUAUGAUUUAUUUACGUACUAACUCCUGAACUAAACAUACUGUGAUUGGAGAACGCUAAUAAUUCGUUUUACAUUUAUUUGGUCAUUUCCUGGAGGCUGUUGCUUUCUGAGAAGGGACUGACUGUGACUGACAGAGCGCUCAGACGGACUUCUGUAGGGCCGAGAGGAAAUCACUCAUUUGCAUGUUGACAAUGAAAGUGCCAAAUCAAGAAUGAGGGAGAGUUGACUGAGAUGGAUGUUUGGAUGAAGUGUAACGGCGAGAUCCCCGGGAGGAAGCUUUUCUCCUCCGGCCUCUGAGCUUGACGUAAACCGGUGGUUUUCAGAGUGUGAGCAGGAGGCCGCCUUUUUUUCCCAGCAUGAUGUUGAAGAAUUCACUUGUAAAAAAAAAAAAAAUAAUAAUAAUA